AUGUCAGAGAUGGCAGGAACUACUAUCAAGCCGGACAACUCUGACGACUUUUAUGCCGUUGGCUGCCGGACUGGCACCGAGCAGGAUCUAUCCAGCCGACAAUUCCUUACGCAUUGCCCUCCCGACGUUCCGCCUCGCCACCGUAUCCUUGCUCUUCUGGGAGUUACGGACAUCGACAAUAUGGCGAAACCCCAGGAAGAUGGGUGGUUCGUGUCCGAUUUUUACCUAUUUCACUACCUGUUCUCGCGGCCACUCCCAUCUCAGCCCCAAAUCUGGAUGACAUGCGAGAAGCCCGAGGACCUUGUCGCAAAGUACCAGGAGUAUCUUCAUGGUAGCUCACGUCAUACCCGACGGGUGGUGCUGGAUCGCGCCAGACUCCCGGAUAUUUCAGCAGCCGGGAAUAUACGACAUGUGCAACGGAAGGAUCUCGUGGAGCGAUAUCUUAGCACGCUUCGUGCUGAAGCUGCCGAAGCCACCCGGAACCAGGAGCAUCUUAUGCUACUGAUCUUUGCUCACGGUACGGAGGCCCAUGGGCUUGAGGUUGGGGGUUCAAUUCUCGAAAUGAAAGACCUUCUUCGGACGCUCCAAGGAAAGUCCAAUGUCACCCUAUUUAGUACCUCUUGCUACUCCGGCGGCUGGCUUGUCCGUCCUGACUUGAACAACGUGCAGCUUCAACCUGCACCCCCGAGGCUUGACACAACGGCACUCCUAUCAGCUGGUCCAAAGACGGUGUCGUUGUCAUGGCCCGCAAGUGCUAGCGCCGGAAGAGUCAGCGGUAGCUUAGCCGCGACCGCACUGUUGAACUCUUUUCUGGAUGCUGAAGAUGAGGUCGCUCAAAACGGAUAUCAUCCGACCUAUAUUCAGCUUGCCAAGUCGGUCUAUGACCAUAUGAAGACGAUGGGCUUGACUGGACAGAAGCAGGAGAUCUACUUCUCCGCGGAGAACGACGAGUGGGAGAUGAGCUAUCAGGCUCGUCUCGGUCUGCCUCUUGCCGCAUACAGGGAUAAAUGGUCAUCCCUACGACAGGUCCCGCCAUCCUCAGAACCAUCAAGCAGCUCGGAGGUGGCGAAGACUGGUGGGAGACGCCAUAAACGACUCCAGUUCCUUGCCCGAGAAUACUUUGCAGCUAAGCCUGGUGUGGAUUCAGCCUCCCCUAACGUUAGUCUACAUUAUUGCCUCAGAAGCAUCCUCAAGGGCGAGACAUACACAAAGGAGAAGAUGGAUGGCCUGAUCGAGACUACCGCUUAUAGGCUGGGAUCCAUGCACGAGGCCAACUAUCUUAAAGAUCAACUGGGACUCGACUUUCCCUCUAUCUUCGAAAUCGACACUUUUCCUGGGUUCAUUGCAGAGACUUGGGACCCAGAAAUCCACUCAAAGACUUGGCAUCUACUCUUGCAGCGGAACAUUAUCACCAAGCCGAUUGGAAUCCGUUUCUAUUCCAAGCCAGUGCAGUAUCUCACUAUUGUGCUUGUUAAGUCCUCUACGUCCUGGGAACAAAUCCAAGAGCUAGUAGAGGUCAUGGCCGCCAAGAAGAAAGGCUGGUAUCGGUUCAUCUACAAGGCGUGGCUGGGAAACCGUGUUGCUAGUGAUGAAGGGCUGAUGAAGAAUGCACGUGCCUUCAAGGAGGCCAUGUCAGACACCAGUCACAGCAGCUGA